AUGCUUCCCUCCUUUUAUGGCCGUCGCUUGCUCUCUUCAUCUUUACUGCGCUCAUCUACUCCUUUGCGUUGUCUAAGCUCUGCUCCCAAAGAAUUGUCGCUUUACCAGAAGCUCCAGAAAUGGUUACAACCAUUUUUAGCCGGCUCUAAAGGUUUAUAUCUCGAGAAUAAGGAAGCAUGGGCAUUGCGCCGCCGUAUCAAGGAGUCCAAGGGACAAGCGCAGCUUACACGGCGAGAAAUGCUUCUCUUACGUCAGGCACAUCUUGACCUUUUAAAGUCAUUACCAAUUUUAGCGUUCUUCUGCGUACCAGUGUUGGGCUACGCGGCGCCAUUGCUAGGAUACCAAUUCCCUAAACAGCUGCUGCCAUGGCAAUUCUGGCGUCCUGACCAGAGAACGCAAUUCUUUCAAGAGGACGUACAGACUAGAGCCAAGACGUAUCCUGAACUAGUCCAACUAUUACAACAGAUUCAGCACAAGGAUGACACAUUACAAGAGAUGCUAGCGAUGGCAAAGAAGGCUGGCAGUGAUGGCCUACAUCCGACGCAAGUGACUGAGCUGACACCCUUUUUUGAAGGUCCUGCAGCUUUGAGCGCACUUUCAAGCAAGCAUGUUCAUGUGUUAGCCGAAGGCUCAGCACUUUUUCCGAGCUUUGCUGUGCUCAACAAGUUGCUGAUGCGAACACAAUUAGUGAAGAGACUCGAGUGGAGAAUGGAAGCACUAAGUGUGGAUGACCAGCAGUUGCUAACGAGUGGAUUGGACGACUUGUCACUAAGUGAACUUGAGUUUGCGUGUCACGAAAGAGGAAUUAUCACACAAUACGGUGAGAUUGAGAUGCUGCGAAAUGCACUCAAGGAAUGGCUUCGUAUGUACGAUACUGACCACUUUGAUCCCAAUACGAAUCCACAAAGAUUGCCCUCGUCGCUGAUGCUUCAUGCUCCUGCUCUCUCCAAAUUUUCCAAGUCUACAGAAGACUUUAUUGUGUAA